AUGGAGAGACCCAACCAAUCAGUUUCUUCCAACAAGUGCACUUGGGGUUCCGCUGGGAACCGGCCCCUCACUCCCCGUCCCGACCCCGCUGCCGCCGGAGAUCGUGAUAGAAACGCUCUGAAUGACAUGCGCCGCCCUAACUAUCCUUCGCCCAACACCGGUGACUUGGGUAGCGAACUGGACGAUAUGUACGCCAAGUCGGCAAAGCUACAGCCCAGUCGCAUCGACAAAUAG